UAGAACCAUCCGAGCCGCUCACGUUUUUCGGAAUGGGAUGGCCGUCCUGAGCAAUACCGGGGCACACUGUGGCGUCAAGGAAUGCUCGCGCCUGGAUUUUUUGCCCUUCACAUGUAGCCAGUGUCAGGGAGUGUUUUGCUUGGAUCACUUCCGCUUCGAGAAACACAGCUGUCCCCUGGCUGCUGGCUUGGACCAGCGCGUCUUGGUGUGUCCCCUGUGCAACAAGGGCGUGCGCCUGGAAGUAGGCGAAGAUCUCAACAUCACCUGGGAACGACACACUUUGGAUGGCUGCACCAAUCCUGCGGGGUCCGAGAGUCGGGAGAAAAAGGCCAGAUGUCCGGUGAAAGGAUGCAAGGAACUGUUGACCAUGAGCAAUAGUGUGGUUUGCUCCAGUUGUCAGCAGAAAGUGUGCCUCAAGCACCGUUUCGAAGACGCACAUGGCUGCACUUCGACGCCUUCCCGUCCACCCCCAGCGCGUCCUGCGCGCGCCGCGAGAGGCGCAUCCGGUGGAUGGCAGUGUCGCCGCUGCACAUUGGUCAACGCGGCUGGAUCGGUGGAGUGCGACGCCUGUGGUGCUGGGUAUGCCACGCAUGGCGCGCCCGCACCAGCACCUGAACGACCGGCGGCGGGCAAGUGGACUUGCGGCCGAUGCACACUGGACAACGCGGCCAGCGCCCAGACGUGCGACGCCUGUGGGGCCAGUCGGCCAUCAGCGGCAGAUGCCAAGGCCGAGUACGGGCCGGCCUUCAUCUCCGUUCUCUCCGCUCCCUCGAAAGCCUGGGACCAUGCCUUUGAUGAGAUGAUUCCAUUGGAAUUUGACCUCAGCCAGGCGACCAUGGGUUACAGGCAGUUACCUUGCCAUAGGGAGGCUCUGACAAGAGUGACCAGCUGUUCUGAAGUCAAGGAAUGGCUCGAAGACAUCCUUGCCUCAAAGCCAGGCAAGGCCUUGCCCUAUGCCAUCGCACUGGUGGGUCCUUCAGGGUCCGGCAAGUCCACGUUCCUGGCAGCCUUGAAGACUUUGCCCAUGAAGGUGCUGCAGAUGUCCAUUCCGGCCUUGAUCAAUGCUGGGAUUGGAGACACCCACCUGGCAGUGCGAAGGCACUUUGAGCGUGCGCAGCUGUUACAGCCCUCCUGCGUGACCUUAGAUGAUGCUGAUGAACUCUUCCGAGGGCAGGAAGGCAGUGAGAACCACGGCGUGUCCGAUCUCUUGGCAGAGCUGGUGCAUAUGCUGGACCAAUUCUGUUCUCCAAUCCUGGUCUUUAUCGCAACGUGCACCAGUCGAGAAGCGAUCCCAGCUGUUUUGGCUUGCCGUUUGCACUUCAUUCAGCUCAAUGAGAGGAUCAGUCCAGUCCCAACUUCGGUAGUACCAAAUGCCCAAAGUUUCCAGGUGGAGAGCUGA